CCUCUUCCACUGUCAUUGCCAAAUAUAGUUAGCAACAGCCAAAAGUCAAGGUUCGCUGCCAAGACAUUGACUGAGAAGGCACUCUGCAAAGCUAUAAAAGUCAUACACAACAUGAGUACUAUGCUUGAUGGCUGCACUUCUGGCUUUUUAAUAGUGGACAAGGGUUCAAUCCAGAAUGAACACUACAAAAGUUUUGAGGAUGACAGGAAUAAUAUUUAUUUGCCAUACCAUACCCACUAUUCUUCUAUGGGAGUG